CGAGCUGGGCUGUCUAUUGCUACACGGAUUGUGGGCCUCAUACUCAUGCUUUGUCUUUUAUGACUUAUGGAGGUUUCCUUCCCUCUUCUGUAGAUUAUUUUCUGCUAUACUUUCUUGACAAUUGCAAAGUAGAACUCUCCUCUCAUCUACCCUCAAAUUUUCAGAAUCUAACCAAACUUACAAGAGAGCUUCUCUCCAUAUCAGAAACAGAAAAGAAUUAUGGCUGAAUCUGUAGUGUCAACAGUAGUGCUAAGACUUACUGACUUGCUCAUUCAAGAAGCAACUUUCUUAGAUGGAGUGACGGAAGAAGUUCUUGGCAUGCAGCUUGAACUGAGACGGAUGCAAUCAUUCUUGAAAGAUGCAGAUACAAGACAAGAUGAAGAAAAUAUAGAGACUCUGCGCAAUUGGGUUGCUGAAAUCAGAGAAGCUGCUUAUGAUGUUGAAGAUCUCAUUGAAGAGUUUGCUCUCAAAGUUGCUUUGAGGAGUGGAAGAUCAGGUGUUGUAAAUGUCAUCAAGAGAUAUGCUACUAUUGCAAAAGAAUCUGUAGAGCUUUACAAGGUUGGUUCUGAGAUCCAAAACAUUAAAACCAGGAUUUCUGAUCUGACUAGAAGCUUGGACACUUUUGGGAUACAACCUAGAGAAAGCUCAGGUCCUUCUCUACCGGGCGGAAGGCAGAAAAAUUUAAGGCGGUCAUAUUCACAUAUUGUUGAAGAAGAUACAGUUGGCUUAGAAGAAGAUGUGGAAAUUUUGGUUGAGAAGUUGGUAGCUAGUGAGAAAAAUGUUGUUUUCAUUUACGGAAUGGGCGGCCUCGGAAAGACUACUCUUGCUAAGAAGAUUUAUCAUAAUUCUGAUGUUAGGCAUCACUUUGAUGCCUUUGCUUGGGCUUAUAUAUCUCAGCAGUGUCAAAUUAGGGAUGUCUGGGAAGGAAUUUUGUUUAAGUUGAUCAAUCCAUCAAAAGAGCAGAGGGAAGAAAUUUCAAGUCUAAGGGAUGACGAGCUUGCUAGGAAGCUUUAUCAUGUCCAACAAGAGAAGAAAUGUUUGGUGAUCUUGGAUGAUAUUUGGACUGCUGAGACUUGGACUAAUCUGCGUCCUGCUUUUCCAUAUGAAAUUGGAAAGUCUGGCAGCAAAAUAUUGCUCACAACUCGCAUCAGAGAUGUUACAUUGCUUCCGGAUCCGACGUGUUUUCGUCACCAACCAAGAUACUUAAAUGAUGAAGAGAGCUGGGAACUGUUCAAACGGAAGGCAUUUCUUGCCAGUAAUUAUCCAGACUUUAGAAUUAGAUCACCGGUGGAAAAGUUGGGAAGGGAAAUGGUUGGCAAAUGUACAGGUUUGCCAUUGGCCAUCAUUGUGCUUGGAGGACUGCUGGCUAACAAAAAGAACAUCCUUGAGUGGGAUGCAGUGCGCCGAAGUAUUGUUUCACAUUUGAGGAGAGGUAAAGGCCAUGAACCAUGUGUAUCUGAGGUUUUAGCUGUAAGUUACCAUGAAUUACCAUAUCAGGUGAAACCAUGCUUCCUUCACUUGGCUCAUUUCCCUGAAGAUUAUGAGAUACCCACAAAGAAACUGAUUCGGAUGUGGGUUGCUGAGGGACUCAUAUCAUGUGCGCACGAUGAGGAAAUGGAGGAGGAAACUAUGGAAGAUCUGGCUCAGAGCUACUUAGAUGAGUUGGUUGAAAGGUGUAUGGUUGAGGUAGUAAAGAGAGGCUCAACUGGAAGGAUUAGAACCUGUCGAAUGCAUGAUCUUAUGCGAGGCCUAUGCCUGUCAAAAGCAAAGCAGGAAAAUUUCCUUGAGAUUUUUAAUCACUUGCAUGUAAAUGAUCAGUCGGUCUACUCUUUUCCUUCAUCUAUGCUGAGUGGAGAAAGGUCUAUUGGCAGACUUCGUAGGCUUGCUAUCUUUUCUGAUGGCGACCUUAAAAGAUUUGUCCCCUCAAGAUUCAGAAGGAAUUCUCAUCUCAGGUCUCUUUUGUAUUUCCAUGAAAAAGCAUGUCGUGUAGAGAAAUGGGGAUCAAUAAAUUCAUUGUUUAGUAACUUUCAGCUGCUCAGGGUCUUAGAUCUUGAUGGAAUUCAGGGUCAUAACGGAAAAUUACCAAAGGGUAUUGGAAAGCUGAUUCAUUUGAGAUUCUUGAGCCUGAGAGAUACUGAUAUAGAUGAACUGCCAUUGGCAAUAGGCAACUUGAGGUAUUUGCAAACUCUAGACCUUUUGACAUGGAAUUCUACUGUACGAAUCCCAAAUGUGAUAUGCAAGAUGCAAAGACUGAGGCAUUUAUAUCUUCCUGAGUCAUGCGGUGAUGAUUCUGAUAGAUGGCAGUUGGCAAAUUUGAGCAACCUGCAGACACUAGUGAACUUUCCUGCAGAAAAAUGUGAUAUAAGAGAUCUGUUAAGUUUGACCAAUCUCAGGAAACUAGUAAUAGAUGAUCCGAACUUCGGACUGAUCUUCAGAUCUCCUGGUACUUCAUUUAAUCAUUUGGAGUCUCUAUCCUUUGUUAGCAAUGAAGAUUAUACACUAGUUCAAAUUAUAACAGGCUGUCCUAAUCUUUAUAAGCUGCAUAUUGAGGGGCAGAUAGAGAAGCUACCCGAGUGCCAUCAGUUUUCUUCAAACCUUGCCAAAUUAAACCUGCAAGGAUCUAAGCUACUGGAAGAUCCAAUGAUGACUCUGGAGAAGCUACCGAACUUAAGAAUCCUCCGGUUGCAAAUGGAUUCAUUCCUGGGGACAUUGAUGGUUUGCUCUGACAAAGGGUUUCCUCAACUGAAGUCCUUGCUCCUUUGUGACUUGCCCAACUUAGAGGACUGGAAGGUGGAAGAAGGAGCCAUGUCUAAUCUUUGCCAUUUAGAGAUUUCGAAUUGCACAUCUAUGAAGAUGGUUCCUGAUGGGCUAAGGUUCAUCACUUGCCUUCAGGAAAUGGAGAUUCGAUCGAUGCUUAAAGCAUUCAAAACCAGACUUGAGGAGGGAGGAGAUGAUUACUACAAAGUCCAACACGUACCUUCUGUUUUGUUUCAGUAUUGUGAUUAUUAGAAUAUGAAAUUCUCAUUGGUAAUGAGGUAUUAAUUACAUGUAAAAUUCUUAUUACAUUUAUUCAAGAAUAAUCAUAUAUGAUGAAUAGAUAAAUAUAUAUUUUAUAAUA